AUCAGAAACAGGAAGGCCGGUGUGACAGAUGGUGUAGAUCAGAUGAAAUUGAACUGAAUAAAUCACAAAAACUUACCGCUUUUCUUUGUAACUAAUGUAUUCAAGAGAGAAUGGCAUCAGAUUUAAUGUUAGACUUCGAACACCACUUAAACGAACGGAACACUGGGAUGAAUAGCGAUACUGGAGACAUUUGUAUCGACCAGGGUGGCGAAUGGGACAUCAGCCUGUUUGAUGAGCUGGAGGACAUGGGGGAUGCUGAUGAACUGCUGAGGGCCUUGGAGGAUGUCACCUAUGUUGGAGAGGUCCCCGAUCUGGACUUCGACAUCAGCUUGCCUCCCUGGAGCUCGGACAGUUGUGGAGACACCAGCAGCAGCUGCACAGAUGCAGACAUGAGCCUGGACUCUCUCUCUCCGAACCCCACCAUAAGCUCGGCCCCUUCUCCUGGCUCUGUGGAAGCCCUGUCCCCCUACAGCCUGUCAGAUGAAGCGCUGUCGCCUCUGUCCCAGCUGUCCCCUGCUUCUCUCUGCUCCGAGUCCAGCGGCUCCAUGGAUGUCACCUUGGAGACGAAGCCACCGAGAAAAACCCCCCAGGCCACCAGAGCCAAGUCCUCCCAGCCUCUGAAGCGCCCUGUACCACUGACCCCGAAAGUGUCCAUCCAGCCCAAGCCGGUCAUCACUGCUGUUCCCAUCCCCACUGCCCCUCUCCAGGCCAAAACCAUCAUCAUUCAGCCUCUUCAGACUGUGCUUCCUGUUGCUAAGCCACCACCUGUGACCAUCCAGCCAGCGCCCCCCACUGGACCCCAGGUGAUGCUGUCCCCGCUGGCCCGUGUGGUCCAGCUGCGCAGCCCCCAGGUGUUGCCGGGCCCACCCAUCCUCCCACUCCCGGAACGCAUGGUCACCGUGCCGACGCUCUCUCAGGAUAGCCGCGCCCCUGCGGUUGCCGGGGCCUUCCCCGCUGUCACUCAGCCCAUGGUGGCCGCGGCCCUCCAGAACAGCGCGGCGGAUGGAGAUUCGAAUGGCAUGAGGAGACAGCAGCGCAUGAUAAAGAAUCGGGAGUCGGCCUCCCUGUCCCGGAAGAAGAAGAAGGAGUACCUGCUGACCCUUGAGGCCAGGCUUAAGGUGGCCCUGUCCGAGAACGAGAAGCUGAAGAACGAGAACGGCUCCCUGAAGAAGCAGCUGGAGGGUCUGAUGAGUGAGAAUAACGUGCUGACAGCAACAGCCCCCAAAAGGCGAACUGUUUGUCUCCUGGUGGUCUUGGCAUUCCUCAUUCUGAAUGUUGGUCCACGGAGCCUGUUUGAUGGAGACACCAGCUCCAAGCUGUCAGCCGAGACCAUGCACAGUGGCAGACAUCUGCUGGGCUUCUCCCCCGACAACGAGAACCUCAUAGGCCUGGAAACACCUGAAACUGUCAUCCAUCAAAACCCUGACAGAUCCCCGCAGGACCUUGUCCGGGAGGAGAAGGCACUGAUGGUAGUAAAGAAAGAACCUCUCCUCUUCGGGCCCCCACCGCCCUGCCAGCCGUCCAUCAACAGGACCAAGUCCAUCAAGAUGGCCCAUGAGCUCCGAGGCUGGGUGCAUCGACACGAGGUGGAGAGGACGAAGUCCAGACGGAUGACCAACAGUCAGCACAAAGCCAAAACAAUCCUGAAAUCACCGGACAAGGAGGCUGAAGUUUCCCAGAUUGUGACGGUCCAGUACACCGAUAUGUCUGAAAAGAGUCCGGGUAUUGAACUUCAGGUGUACCACGCCCCGCACCGCAGCCACUAUGAUUUCUUCGAGGCGAUCCAUCGCAGGGGAGACACCUUCUACGUGGUGUCCUUUCGCAGGGAUCACCUUCUCCUUCCUGCUACAAACCACAACAAAGGAAGCAGACCCAAGAUGUCGGUGGUGCUGCCAGCAAUGAACAGAAAUGACAGCGUGAUAAAAGACGAAGAGUAUGAGGUGAUGAUGCAGAUCGACUGCGAAGUCGUGGACACCAGGAUCCUCCGCAUCAAGUCGUCCAGCAUCCCGCCGUUUCUGCGCGUUAACCACACCAACUCCUUCUACCACUCAGCCCCGGCCAACGGCCAGGCCGCACCUCCCGUAGGAGUACUCACGGGGUCUGCCUAAACUCAGCCGACAAGUAUACAAGUGAGCACAGGGUGCUCAGAUGGUUCUCUGUAAAGACACAGUAAAAAAUGUAUAUCUCUGCCCACCUUUUAAUUGAAACACUGUUCUGAUCAGCCGACAACUGAUCAACUGAUCAACUUUCCUCUUUGCCUUUUCGGUUGGUUGGUUGUCACCAAACAUCAGAACCCAGUUUCGGGUGUCUCUUCACUAAUGAGGGUUAAUUAAUUAGGAUUCCUGGUUGGCUACAGGAAAACCUGAAGGCUGCCUUUUGAUAUUAAAGUAGCUGAAAUGGUCAGUGUCAGCUCGACGUGCCCCUUUCAGAUCCUGUUGUCAUCACUGUCAUGGGAAGGACACGUCUACACCGUGUGUGGCAGGUUGUUCUCUGAUAGCGCGACCCCCUCCCCAGGCUCUCCUCAUCAGGGUAAUUGGUAAAUAUCAACAGGGGGUCCCAGACCUGAACCCUGAGUAACCCCUUCAUAACACAAAUAAUGUCAGUUUUAUGCCCCCCCCUCGUUUCCUGUUCAUACUGUCACUCUGAGCAUUCCAGAGGUUUAUGCGCCAGUCUACACUUAAAAAACAUGGCAAAGGGUCGCAGAGACCAGGGUCAUAAAUGACUGGUUGGCAUAAUAUAUUGGAGGGGUGUUCCUCAUUGAAUUUAUAAUGGAUUAUCGUAUAGAAUCUAUCACCACAAAACAGUAUUGUGGUGAACGGUAACAUCCUUAAGAUGGGCCACAUUGUCAGACCACUAAAUCAAAUGUCUUGAAAGAUUACAAUUUUUCUAGCUGUUUUGAGCAGAGAUUGACCGCUUGCCUCAGCCCUUUGCACUGUGUUUUGCUAAUGAAAGAAAAUAUUUACAGUUGCCUCUAUUUAUUGAAGCAGUUCCCGCUCCUACGGGACAUGUUCCUAUAGAUGUUCAGCUCUAUUAUGAAUGAUCUGUUUUUUCCUUGUUUGGUGAAAUUGCUCUCUUGUUUUGGAAUUCAUGCAUUUUGCAGCACAUUUAUAAUAGUUAGCCAUUCUAUAAUAGACCCAUUAAAUCAACUUAAAAACUUAAAAAUUUAAAUAUGUUACCAUAGAAGAAGUUAGACCCUCUACCAAAUCCGGAUGAAUAAUGACUUAGGGUUUAAUAGUGAGAUAGUGAGAUCGCUCCUCAUGACGUUACAUGGUGUACCCUCUGCAAAGAAAGCCUUGAAACACAGAACAGUAAAAUUUGACAAUACUAGAGACCUUAUAAAGUGAGAACCACAAAAGCUAUGGUAUCACACAUCAUGUCUUAAAAAGACCACUGUUUAUUAUGUUAUGUCAUAUUGCUGUCUAUUUCUUGCCAUUUGGAACUGCACUAGAUAAAAAAAAAAGUUUAAAAAAAUCCCUGAUUCCUGGUUUUUCAGUUUCCAUCUCAAAGGGCACACCAUGUGACAUAAGAAACAUAAGUGAAGAAAAGGGAUUGUCAUGAAGAAUUAAAUUAUAUAUACUGCAGUACCAUCCCCAUCAUCUUUGCUACAUUCUACGUGAAUUUUAUUGUUUGAAAAAGUUUUCUACAGAAGUACAAAACUGAGGUUGAUACAGGAUUGUCUUUCUUUUUGCUGAUGGACUUCUAAAUAGAAAACAAAAUUAACAAAACAGUUUGCACACAAAAAACAAAAUUUGCAGACAUGUUUUGAUCUAUGAAGGUUAUGUAAUAAUGCAUGUAUGUUGGGAUGUAUUUGAGUGGAGUAGUGUUAAAGAUUGUAUUUUUCUAAGAAUGCUGCUUACUAAUGAACACAGCACUAUUUCAAAAAGAAGGAUGAAAAUUUGAUGAAAUCAGGUGCUUAUUCAAACUCUGAUGUUUGUUUCAUUUUUAGUCAUGCAUAAACCUUCUGUAUUUUUGUGAGAAAUUAUAGAGUCCAAACCAGAAUAUGUUGUUAUUUUGCUGAUUUUUAAAAAUUGGAAUGCAAAAUUUGUGCUAUGUGUAUGUAAGAACAUUUUGAAAUCUACUGUAUUUACUCAGAUUUCAAUGUUAAACUUCAUUGUAAAAUUGACAAAUCUUACAGUAUCUAAAUGUACAGUAGAUCUACAAUAUCUGUGAGUAGUAAUACACAUAGUAUGCUACUGUAUAUGCCAGGGAAAUUGAGGGUUCAUAUUGAGUAAGAGGUAAAACCUUUUAAUGUGCUUUAUAACGGAUGUGGCAUAAAAGAUAAUUGCCCAGUUGACAUGUUCAUUUUUGUUCAUAGAUUAUUAACAUUUAGCAGUUCAGCAUUCUAAAAGUAAGAAAUAUUACUUUGAAAUGUGAUUGUUCCCUCUGAUGUUUUAUGUAUAAAUACCAGUAGCUAUUUAUUGUCAUUUCUUAUUUUCCUUCGCUUAUUAGGUAUUAGGUAUUAUUUUUGCAUUUUCAGUGUAAUCAUACAGGUUUGAUUACAUGGAUUAUGUUUGAAAUUCAGAAUUAUUAUCUGCAAUACUUUUGAACAUUCAGGGACUCAGACACAAAUAGCACAUGCUGAAAUAAAGUACAGGUAAAUCUGUGUCACUUUUUUAAUCAAAUACAGAAGCAAAUAAAG